AUGGACUCUGACUUUAGUCUUGGUCUACUUCAAGUGGUUUUACCAAAUGCUCCACUCAAUCUGCAUCAUAUGCAAACUAGAAGUAAGAAUGGCAUCAUCAAGAAUAAGGUGUUUUUGAGCCAAGUAGCUGAAUCUAGUGCUGUUGAUUCAACUUUGGUGGAACCUGCAACCUAUAAAUCUGCAAUGAAGGUACCAGUUUGGUUUAAAGCUAUACAAGAAGAGAUUGAUGCAUUGAAUAAUCAACACACUUGGAGUCUUGUACAUUUGCCUCUUCCCAAGAAUCUUGUUGGCUGCAAAUGGGUUUUCAAACUAAAAAAGAACUCAGAUGGGACAGUGGCUAGGCAUAAAGCUAGACUUGUUGCAAAGUGGUUUAGUCAAGAGCCUGGCUUGGAUUAUGGUGAAACCUUUAGUCCUGUGGUUAAACCAACCACUAUGAGAUUAGUUCUAACUUUGGCAGCUCACUUCAAUUAG